GUGGGGAGGUGGGACCGGGAGAGGGGUGGCCGCGGGGCCCGGCCGGGCUGGGGCGGGGGGCCGCAGCCAUGAUCCGGGCCUUCUCGUUCCCGGUGAGCCCCGAGCGGGGCCGGCUGCGGGGCUGGUUGGAGGGCAGCCUGGCCGGGCUUUGCGAGUUGCACUGGCUGCGGGAGAGGCAGGAGUACCGCGUGCAGCAGGCGUUGCGGCUGGCCCAGCCCGGAAUGGAGGGCGCCGAUGCCGAGGACGAGGAGGACGCCGACGAGGACGAAGAUGCGGCGGCGGCGCGCCGGGCCGCUGCGGCCCUGGAGGAGCAGCUGGAAUACACUCCCUUGGAAGCAAGAAAGACUGAAGCCAAACUUGAUUCAUUUCUAAUAGGAAUGAUGGGGAUACAGGAGGCCUUGCCUGGGCUCAUCUGGGACCUGGGCCAGCAGCUGGGAGACCUCAGCCUGGAGUCUGGGGGUCUGGAACAGGAGAGUGGGCGCAGCUCGGGCUUCUAUGAAGACCCCAGCUCCACAGGAGGUCCGGACUCACCACCCUCGACGUUCUGUGGGGACAGCGGCUUCUCCGGAUCUGGCUCCUAUGGACGCCUGGGUCCCUCUGAACCCCGGGGCAUCUAUGCCAGCGAGAGGCCCAAGUCCCUAGGAGACGCCAGUCCCAGCGCGCCUGAGGCGGUGGGCGCUAGGGCAGCGGUGCCGCGGUCCUUCUCAGCGCCUUACCCGACGGCAGUGGGGUCUGCGGGCCCUGAGGCCUGCUCCUCGGCGGAGCGUCGGGCCCGCGCGGGGCCCUUCUUGACGCCCAGCCCGCUGCACGCCGUGGCGCUGCGCAGCCCGCGGCCGUGCGCCCGACCUCCUGCGGACUUGCCCGAAGCCCCGGGCGCCGGGCGGCCCCUGGAAGGCUACAUCUCGGCGCUCCUGCGCAGGCGCCGCCGCCGGGGGGCGGGUCAGCCCCGGACCAGUCCCGGGGGCGCGGACGGGGGCCCGCGGCGGCAGAACAGCGUGCGCCAGCGGCCGCCCGACGCGUCCCCGCCCCCCGGGGGCGCGCGGCCCGCGCCUGAGGCCCAGUUGGAGCGCGCGGGGGGCCGUCCUGCCAGCCCGGCCGCUUUGGGCCGCGCCUGGGCCUCGCCGUGGGAGGCUGAGGUGGCGCCGGAGCCCGCCGCUCCACCCGCCGCCCCCUCGCCCCCCGACAGCCCGGCCGAGGGCCGCCUGGUUAAGGCGCAGUACAUCCCAGGCGCGCAGGCCGCCACCCGCGGCCUUCCUGGCCGCGCGGCGCGCCGCAAGGCGCCACCACUGACCCGUGGCCGCAGUGUGGAGCAGUCCCCACCCCGCGAGCGUCCCCGGGCCGCGGGCCGCCGCGGACGCAUGGCCGAGGCGUCGGGCCGUCGGGGCUCACCCAGGGCUCGCAAGGCCGCGCGCUCGCAGUCCGAGACCAGCCUGCUGGGCCGCGCGGCCGCAGUUCCUCCGGGGCCCCCCAAGUACCCAACGGCUGAACGGGAAGAGCCUCGGCCACCCCGGCCCCGCCGCGGUCCCGCGCCCACGCUCGCGGCCCAGGCCGCGGGGUCCUGCCGUCGCUGGCGCUCCACCGCCGAAAUCGACGCUGCGGAUGGGCGCCGCGGCCGUCCCCGCGCCCCGGCUGCCCGUGGUCCGGGUCCUGGCCCAUCCCCGUCAGCUCCUCAGCGCCGUUUGCUCUACGGCUGUGCGGGCAGCGACUCGGAGUGCUCGGCUGGGCGCCUGGGGCCCCUUGGACGCCGGGGGCCUACAGGCGUCGUUGGCGGAGGCUACGGGGAGAGUGAAUCGAGCGCCAGCGAGGGGGAAUCGCCUGCCUUCAGCUCCGCAUCCAGCGACUCAGACGGCAGUGGUGGCCUCGUGUGGCCUCAGCAGCUGGUGGCAGCUACCGCGGCCUCUGGGGCAGGGGGUGGUGCAGGUGGAGGGGCGCCCGCGGGUCCCGCCAAAGUCUUUGUGAAGAUCAAGGCUUCCCACGCGCUCAAGAAGAAGAUACUGCGUUUCCGUUCGGGUUCACUCAAAGUCAUGACUACAGUGUGAGUUUGGGGGUUUGCUUGGGCUUCCCCUUCAUGGCCUCUGCACCACCACACUCCCAAUCACUGACCCUUCCACACCUCCCUUCCAAAGACCACCAUUUUCUCUGCUUCCAAAGACCCUUCCUCACUGCCGCCCAUCCACUGCAGUCUUGGUUGAAAAGGCUCCCCCUCCACCAUAGGGAGGAAUGGGGGAGGAGCCUGUUUGGCUCAGUUCAGCUGCUGGCUGUGCAACCCUUGGGCAAGAAAGUUCACUUUCUCUGGGCCUGACUUCCCUCAUCUAUACUAUGCGUGUACUAUGGUAUGCAGGAGGGGUAAUCAAUUUGAAUUUCCCCAUUUUAGUUUAGGCACUCAGUCUGUUUGUUCCCCUUCACUUCUUACACCGAUGCUCUUAUUCCUCCUUUCCAUGCCUAGAUAUGCCCCCACCCACGAACCAUUCACAAAGUGCCCCUCUCCAAGUUCCUGGAUCCUUAGGAUAUCCUCUUAACAUCAGUCUGAGACUCUCUGUCUGACCCAGAUGGUGCCUGCAGAGUGCCCUGGGAAGGGAAGGAGCACUGACUUUGGGGUUUUGAGGGUCAAAUAGGAGUUAACACCAGGCAAGAAAGAUUAUUUUACCUCUGUCUAUGGACAAAUUGGAGGAUUGGGAGGUAGAAGAAGGAAGGAAGAUGGCUAUCUCAUGUCCCCGCCAUGAGAGAGGGAGUGGGGGGAGCCCAGGAUGACCCCAGCUGUUCCAAUCCAGUAUUUUUUUUUCUUUUUAAAAAAUCACUGUAUUUAUUAUGACGAUGGUGACUCCCCAGUGCACAGGGGGGCCAGAUUCUGUGUGUUUCGCUAACCUCUUUGUAAAUAAAUGCACAAGGGUA